AUGCCGAUUGUCAAAUCCAAGGUUCCAGACUACCCGAGACCAGUAUCACCCGUAUUCGCCGAUGAGAUCCCUAUUUGUGACGACACGAUAGUCUAUUGCGAUGAGAAUGAUGACGUCGAAAAAGAUGAAAAGCAGAGAGCUGCUAAGAGGCGGCGGAUUGAGAGCUACGCCACUUCCUAUCUGAGAGGCGAGCAAUUGUUCAUUCUCACGGCCCAACUGAAAGGCCCCUUUGGCGAUGGCUGGCAAAACCCCUGGGCAAAGAGGAAAGAGAUAAGCGAUGACAUUGAGAGAGUCAAUUCUCCGAGGGUUUGUCCUGAAAGUGCCGGCAAGCCUGCAUUACAGAACGUAUCCGAAUCCUCUAAAACGAGCAAACAACAUGAAGGAAGGAUGAGUUCAUAUGCAGGCACACCAUGCAAAGAGCAAAAGCUAGGACCAUCGAUGAUAAAAGAGGACAACAGGCCGGCAACAAGUCCGUUCUGGGAGCGACAGAAUGUUGACAGGCUUUAUGCAGUUGCGCAGAAAUCUGAUUCCAAGAAUCGCAGGGUGGGAAAUUGGCUGAAGAGAGGCAGUUCCUCCAAACGACCAGAUCAUGAGCUCCCAGACUCAUCACCAACACCUUUGAAGAGAAAUUCGCAAUCACAGACGAAGAAGUGGGAGUCUCCGUCGAUUAAUAUUCAGUCCCCUCCGGCACCUGAUCCCGUUGGGGCAGUUACGGGCCCACAGCUCCGUCGCCGCUCCAGCACACAUGCUUUGAUGCCGCAUGAGAAGUUUGAGAGAGAAAACUCAUCAGUGGUGAAUCUUCCGCGCGCAGAAAACGAGGGACCAACAAAGGCAGUGCAGAGUUCUUCAUUGGGGGCUGAAGGUCAACAGGCAAUUCUCCAAGCAACACCGGCCAACAAGCAGGCUAAACCACCGUCCACAGACGUAUGCAGGGCAGAAUGUGCCAUCCUGCAUGUGAAGUGCAAAUCGCAACAGACUGACCGGCCUUCAGCUACCUUUCUACCUCGUCGAGAUCACGAUAGUGAUGCUGAGGAUCAGACCAACCGGCCAGAGCCAGCUCGCCUCAACCCUAAUCCUCUGCCGCUUGCCGACGCCGGGAAACCAGAUCUCGAUCAUUUAUCAGAAGUCCAGCCGUUGUCUAAAAGCGAUUCGCCUUCUCUGCACCCAGUGCAGGAGGUAUCAUCGUCCAAGCAAAUCGAAUCUAUCGUGCCACCUUUGUCCAAAGAGAUAUCAGAUGCUAGCCUCACAAACGACUUUCCAUCCGCUCAGAUUGUAGAACGCUCUCUAGUGCUGUCGGGCUUAUCGAAUCUGUCGACAGGUCAAAUGCUUCGAGAACCAUCACAUCACACAACCCAAGACGCCGCUGCAAUGAGGACCACUGAACAACCUCCAGCACAUGAAACAGUCGAAGUGGAUAUUCCAGAAAUCAACAAUGAGGCUUCCAAUCGCCACAAAGCAGCAACUGGCGAACUUCCAACGCCGCUUGAACAAGAACCAUGUGAACCGCCGGAGAAGACGCAUGUAGAGUCGGAAAGAAGCUUCUCUCCGUGGAUGGCCACAAAGCCGAGAUCAGCGAAGACUAAAAAGAAAGCAUGUUUUGUCACAGAUGAGAAUCCCUCGGGCUCUUCUCAAGGUUCUAUCACAUCGGUAUUGAGAAUUAAAAAACCUUUUGGACGCAAGCAAGACAAAUUCAAGAAUUCCAACUUCUCCUUGUCAGACGGAUGCGGUGAGAGAGCAGCACCAGGGCCGGAACCAUCCUCACUCUCAGAUCAGGAGAUUAUCUCGAAGAUAUCUCGGACAACAGACCCACCAAGAAGUAUCCUCAAAUCAUCUCUCGAAGCGUCUGCUUCUUCGGGCAAUGCUGUCUCUUCUUACCACCAAGAUGCGCAACGACCUGUGAAGCCUAUCAUGGACGAUGAUGGUGAUGGACAGCUCGAUGACGACUUUGAUCUUGAUGCCGCUAUAGACGAGUUGGGUAGUUUUCUUGGGACGUGGGAUGCGGAAAGGGAAGCUGCGGAGAUUGUGAAAGCGUCCGGUUAA